AUGGCAGAACCAAAACACGAAGCCGAGACCAUCGAGGUGCUCGAUGCACCUCCAUCUUUGUCCCCGGAUCACAAUGCAGAGGUCCUAGGCCGCGACUUUACGCAAGCAGAAUCGGACCUGCCCGCGGGUUACUUUACGAGCGCGAAGUUCCUGGGCUCAAUGUUUGCUAUUGGCGCAAGCUUUGGUUGCGGCGUGGGCGGCUUUGGGCUCGCAGCGCCGGUGCUCUCCUUCAUCAACGCAGACAUUGGCCCUGACGCGAAUCUCAGCUGGGUCAGCCUCGCGUAUCUUCUUACCAACUCAGUCGGGCUGAUGCUCGUAGGGAGAUUGAGUGAUCUUUUUGGCCGCCGCUGGUUCUUCAUUGGGGGAAAUGCACUCGCGACGGUCGGGUGUAUCGUUGCGGCUGUUGCGCCGAAUGUCCCUGCGCUCAUUGCAGCGGAGGUCCUUAUUGGACUUGGAGCUGCGAGCCAACUUUCCUAUGCUUUCGUCGUUGGUGAGCUUGUGCCCACGACACACAGAUUUAUCGCUCAGGCUUGGGUAUUCGCAUGGGCGAUCCCAUCCAGUGGCUUCGCACCAGCUAUUUCCUACGCGUUCGUGCAGUCAAAUGUCGGUUGGCGAGGCAUCUUCUACCUCCUCAUCGCUCUCAACGCUGCCACAACCCUCGCGUGGUUCUUCUUCUAUCAUCCACCUACAUUUCAUGAAAAGCACGUCUCCUCGCGCAAAUCCGCAUUCCUCGCCGACUUCGACUAUAUUGGCACCCUCCUCUUCACACUCGGCCUGUUGCUCUUCCUCAUGGGCCUGUCCUGGGGCGGCACCCUGCACCCCUGGGCUUCAGCACACGUCAUUGCGACCAUUGUCAUCGGCUUUGCCUCGCUCGCAGGGUUCUUCUUCUACGAAGCCUACGCAAGGCUCAAGGAACCACUGCUUCCGAUGCACCUGCUGAAGAACGUGCCCUGGGAUGUGACAGUCCUGCUUUGGGCGCUCGGUGCAGCAGUGUACUAUGCCCUUGCCAUCAUCUGGCCGAGCAUGGUCGCUACACUUUAUUCGCAGGGACAUGGCUUCAUGUGGGGUGGCUGGAUGGGAUGCAUUUCCAACUCGGGCAUCUUGUUUGGGGAGUUUGUCGGUGCGUUUUUCAAGCGGAGGACUGACGUGCAGAUCAAGGUCGUGUUUUUCAUUGGAAGCGUGUUUCUCGCUGCAAUGGCUGCAAGCACCCCCGACACGCCUAUCAUGGCCGCUGUCUUCGUCUUUCUCGCCGCCGCCUUCAUCGGCUGGAACGAGAUCCUCAACUCCACAGUCGCGACUAUCAUCAUCGCCGACCAGCGUGAGAUCGGCACAGCCACGGGCAUUGCGGGCUCGGCGCGCUCGUUCAUCUCGACGGUCUGCUCGACUGUAUACACCGUCAUUCUCUCCAACCGCCUUGCUACCACAAUCCCCAGAGGCGUCCCUCCCGCCCUCCUUGCUGCUGGCUUGCCCGCGUCCAGUGUUCCUUCCUUCUUAUCCGCGCUGACGCUCGGCACACCCGCGGCCUGGGCCAGCGUCCCUGGGCUCUCCAGCGCCAUUCAAGCGGCUGGGGUCCGCGCGUACCAGGAAGCCAAUGCUGAGGCAUACAAGACAGUGUUCCUGAGUACGAUUGGUUUCUGCGCGGUGGGUAUCGUGAGUAGUUUCUGGACGCCGAAUGUGGAUGCUCUGUUGACGAGGGAUGUGGUGGUCCAAUUGGGUGGGGUGAUGGAGAAAGAGGAACAGGGGAACGUGUAGGCGGGGCGCGGCUGGUGGAGGGGGAAGUGGGAGAGGAGUUUCAUUGAACUUUUUGUUGACCUAUUGGAUGUAAAGGUUACCGGGGGACGGCAGUAGAAUACAGGAAUAAUCCGCAGCUUCUUGCAGCAAUGCUGAAUCAAUGCGUGGCAAGGGUUGUUUUGUUCUAUACCUGUCUACACAAGGUCGUCACGCUGUUGAUGUGAGUCGCUGCUAGUUGCCAUGCAGCGCUG